AUGUGUCCGCGCACGUCUACCCAUCACAACGAGUGCCAUCAUGUGGAAGAUCGUCCGUGGUGCGAUUGGCAUCAUAUGGCAAGCAUGGCGGAAUGCCAAUUGAAUCGCCGUACGCACGAGAUCCAGCCUUGCUCGCCCUGGGCAGCGCCAUCCGCGCUGCUAGACUUGAACGGGGUAUGUCCCAGGAAGAGCUGGCUCACCGUUCCGGACUCGACCGCUCGUACAUGAGCAGUGUUGAGCGAGGUAUUCAGAACGCAGGAAUCCUGACUAUUGUUCAGGUCGU